UCAACUGACUGAACACCGCGAGUGUGUAAAGGUUGCUAGAGACGACGGUUACAGCAUCAUCAACAAGGCAAUAUGAAGAUUCUCUACUGUUUUCUCCUCGUGUGCGCUAUAACUAGCGUCACCUCCGGUUGGUGCUGGGAUCGACGUCGCCGCAGAAGGAGGAGAAGUCCACCACCAGUAACAGUUCCAGCUCCUCCACCCCCUGUCUACAGGCCUCCACCACCCCCUGUCUACAGGCCUCCAUCACCCCCUGUCUACAGGCCUCCAUCACCCCCUGUCUACAGACCUCCACCAUCGCACGCUCCUGCCUCGUAUACAGUUAUUUCCACCAUGACCAUUCAAGUCAACAUUAGAACUUUGCUUCUGAUUAUUGCAAAGAAUCAAGGGACACUCAAUAUCGACUUAAAACGAGCAGAAGACGUAUUGAGCAAACAAAAAUCGAUUUCGACUGGGCAUGAAGUGAGGAACGUUGUGGUGAAAAUAGUUCGGAUGGAUGGAGUGGAGUAUGCUCUUUUAGAGGGCGAUUUGGACUUGAAGGUGCCACGCCAAAUGCUCAAAGAAAUUGAUUCUAAGCAAGGCACAAAGACUGAACUCUAAUACACUCUAUCCUACUGCAGACUCCAGUCCAGUGUGCACGAUAGUCUGGAUGUUGUCAUUUACAAUUGCAGCUUUCUUAGUUUCUGUUUUAAUUCAGGAAACAAGAGGAAUGACCGCAUGUGAUGUUGUAUGCGUCAGAUAUUUCAUAAAGCCAAAAUGAGACAUAACUAGUAAAA